AGCGGACGGGCUGCACUGCGCACGCGUACACGGGCGGGGCAUCUUGCGCAUGCGCAGGCGACAGCGCGUGGCGUUCAGGGCCUGACGGUUGCUAGGGUGACAGGGACACAACAUGGCGGCGGGAUCCCUAAUGCUCUCCUUCGAGGGACCACCACGGAGAUCCUAGUGCGGGACCCCGCCUCAGGGAAGUGGAAAGCAGGGGGACAACCUUCCUGCCUCUUUCUUUUCCGUCCAGUGUCGGCAAGGGGUUGUCACCGGCUUCCGCAUCCAAGAUGAAGAACUAUAAAGCCAUUGGCAAAAUAGGAGAGGGAACGUUUUCUGAGGUUAUGAAGAUGCAAAGCCUGAGAGAUGGAAACUACUAUGCGUGUAAACGAAUGAAGCAGCGCUUUGAAAGUAUUGAGCAAGUCAACAGCCUCCGAGAGAUCCAAGCACUGAGGCGCCUGAAUCCGCACCCAAACAUUCUUAUGUUGCAUGAAGUGGUUUUUGACAGAAAAUCUGGUUCUCUUGCACUAAUAUGUGAAUUUAUGGACAUGAAUAUUUAUGAGCUAAUACGAGGGAGAAGAUACCCAUUAUCAGAAAAAAAAAUUAUGCAUUAUAUGUACCAGUUAUGUAAGUCCCUGGAUCAUAUUCACAGAAAUGGAAUAUUUCACAGAGAUGUAAAACCAGAAAAUAUACUAAUAAAGCAGGAUGUCCUGAAAUUAGCGGACUUUGGCUCCUGCCGGAGUGUCUAUUCCAAGCAGCCGUACACAGAAUACAUCUCCACCCGCUGGUACCGGGCCCCGGAGUGUCUCCUCACCGACGGGUUCUACACGUACAAGAUGGACCUGUGGAGCGCCGGCUGUGUGUUCUACGAGAUCGCCAGUCUGCAGCCCCUCUUUCCUGGAGUAAAUGAACUGGACCAAAUCUCAAAAAUCCACGAUGUUAUCGGCACACCUGCUCAGAAGACCCUCACCAAGUUCAAACAGUCGAGAGCUAUGAAUUUUGAUUUUCCUUUUAAAAAGGGAUCAGGAAUACCUCUACUGACAACCAAUUUGUCCCCACAAUGCCUCUCCCUCUUGCACGCAAUGGUGGCCUACGAUCCCGAUGAGAGAAUCGCCGCCCACCAGGCCCUGCAGCACCCCUACUUCCAAGAACAGAGGAAAACAGAGAAGCGGGCUCUGGGCAGCCACAGAAAAGCUGUCUUUCCGGAGCACCCUGUGGCACCGGAACCACUCAGUAACAGCUGCCAGAUUUCCAAGGAGGGCAGAAAGCAGAAACAGUCCCUAGAGCAAGAGGAGGACCAUCCCAAGAGACAAGGACCAGCCUAUGUCAUGGAACUGCCCAAACUAAAGCUUUCGGGAGUGGUCAAACUGUCGUCUUACUCCAGCCCCACGCUGCAGUCCGUGCUUGGAUCUGGAACAAAUGGAAGAGUGCCGGUGCUGAGACCCUUGAAGUGCAUCCCUGCGAGCAAGAAGACAGAUCCGCGGAAGGACCUUAAGCCUGCCCCGCAGCAGUGUCGCCUGCCCACCAUAGUGCGGAAAGGCGGAAGAUACUGAGCAGCACCGUCGUCUCGACUUCCGGAGGCAACACCAAACCCGAUCGGGCCAGGCCUGAGCGAUCUGCUUCUGAGACGCCACGGAGGGCUGGGGAUGCGCCUGCGUCCGUUUCGCGCUGGCCGGGGCUCUGGGUGCUGCCCUGCGCCCUGCCGCACUCGCGGCCCGCGCAGCUGCCUAGGAUGUUCUGGGCUAAUAUAUUUGUAAAACCACCGCAUUCUAGGGUUUUCUUUCAUUUUCGUUAAGAAUUUGGGGCAGGAAAUAUUUUGUAAUUUUGUAUAUGAAUCAAAACAAACGAGCAGGCAUUUCUGUGAUGCGUUGGGCGUGGUUGGAAGGUGGGUUCUGCGUGUCCCCUCCCAGCGCUGCUGGUCGGUCGUGGAGCGCCACCACGUCUUACCAGUGACGCAGCUGACACCCCUGACUUUUAUUAAAGAAUAAGCUGUCGUUACAGUAUUGCAUUUUAAUAUUUUCCGAGUCCAACAUGUGUCCUUACCAGCCAUUCCUUUAUUUUAGCUUUUGUGGGCACACGAGGGGAAUUGAUUUUGUUGGGAAGACUUUGGCGUGGCUUAAUUUUUUUUUGAGACGGCGUUUCGCUCAUUGCCCAGGUUGGAGUGCAAUGGCGCAAUCUUGGCUCACUGCAACCUCCACCUCCCGGGUUCAAGGGAUUCUCCCGCCUCAGCCUCUCAAGUAGCUGGGAUUACGUGCAUGCACCACCACGCCCGGCUGAUUUUUUUGUAUUUUUAGUAGAGACGGGGUUUCUCCAUGUUGGUCAGGCUGGUCUCAAAACUACCGACUUAAGGUGAUCCUCCCGCCUCGGCCUCCCAAAGUGCUGGGAUUACAGGCAUGAGCCACCGCGCCUGGCCUAGUGUGGCUUUUCAUUUGAAGAACCAUUCAGGAAGGAACACACACAAGUGUGUCCUCGGAGCCCUGUGUGCUCCUCAGUGACUAGCCUGGCGAGGUGGUGCGGGGCACAGGGCAGGCCUGAAGGGUCUCUUCUGAGCACAGGCUUCAAGGUGACCACGUUGUCAUUUUAGCUCCUGGUGCCCAGCUGUCUCUGGGGAGUAUGGAGCCCUGCCCCUGGCCUGCCAGUGGGUGCUUUGAGCUGUUUGCUGAGUGCCAACAAUAAGUUGGGCACCUUGUGUCCUAGAAAGAGAAACCUGUUUCCCCUUGGGGAUGGGAUGAGAACAUUGCAAAGGAACCGUGGCACUGGCCGGGCUGCUGGGCAAAAGAAAAGUCCUAGUAAGUCCUCUUGUUUAUCUGGGAAAGUAACUUAGUAAUUGGGUCUUCUUUUUUGUCAUCUUCCCAAACUUAUGAGAUAUUUUUGGAAAAAGCUAAAUUUCCCAGGCUAGUGUUUAAGCCUCCUUGUUCCCCUGUUGAGACAAAUCUGUGACUCCCUUCCUUAACAUGCUCUCCAGUGGCCCUGGCCCCAGCCCCAGGCCACCUGACACGACAGCGGGGCCGCAGGAGAUGGACCCCGGGCCACACGGAGGGAGGGCAGGCUGGAGGAGGAGGAAAGGGCCGGGAGUGUGGGGCAGCGAGUCCGUGGGCACAGGUGCCCGCUCUGCACCACAUGGGGGCAAAGGAACCCCAGAAGGCAGAUUCCAGCCCGGAAGUGAGGCUUGCCGUAAUGUUCAGACCGGAAGUGAGGCUUGCCAUAAUGUUCAGCCCGGAAGUGAGGCUUGCCGUAAUGUUCAGACCGGAAGUGAGGCUUGCCGUAAUGUUCAGAGCAGGGUGCGGUGCAGGCUCUCCCUGGGCUCCUUUUAAACCCAUUUGAGACCCUGGUGCAGCCUUGAGGGCUGCCCUUGCUGUAGGGGAGGUGUCUGAGCAGGGGGGUGGUGCCGUUCUGCCUCCACAGAGGGCCUGGGAGUCCCAGGGGAGUCAGACGCCAGGGCCGUGGGCAGAGCCCAGCAGCAGGGAGGGCUGGGGGACAGAAGGCUCGGAGAUGGCUGUAGGGGGGUCGGCGCGCAGGUCACAAGAGAGGGACCUGUGGGUAGGGGAGUGGUAGCUAGGAGGGCCAUGCCAUGUCCCCCGGCCUGGCUUCAAGGUCAGGCAUGUUAACGGAUUGAGUGUGUACUUGGGAAACGUGUUACUCCCUUCACGUCUAUAAAAUAUGAAGGGAAAGUCUACAGUUCUUCUGCAGGCCUUUUUGAGAAAGCAAAUGUGGUCUGCAGAUGCCGGUGCCCAGGACACCAGCUGCCCUGUCCUGACUGUCACCCUCCUCCUGGUGGGGGCAGCGGGGCUGGGGGCCCUCUGGAGGCAAGAAACAGUCCCUAAAGCAAGAGGAGGACCAUCCCAAGGUACACCACUUCAGGCCCUCCUGGUUUUGUUAGACUCGGGCAUAAACGCUCUGAAGCAGUGUCGAGCCCGGCACGCCAGGGCCCAGGGCAGCUGGGCCUCCACCCUGGUGGGGGCGGGCCUUGCGGGGAGAAGCAGUAAGCAGCCAUCUCCAUCCGGCACUCAGACGUGCACGCCCUUGUGUGACAGGCGGCAGCAGUGCGACCGUGACCUCCCGUCUCCUGCUCUGCUGUCCCCACACCUGCGGUGCAGCCAGCCUGCCACGAGGCAGCUAGAGUCCAGCUAGACCCACC